AUGUCAUCGCACGACGCCUCCGAUAUCGCGGACUCGCUGAUUGAUCCACACUCUAGCGGAGACCAAGUUCGCACGCAGAUCUUCGCGGCCUUUGCGGCGAUUGCCUGGUAUAAUGCUAUCGAACUUAUUGUCCUAUGUUUUGUCUCGUUUAAACGGCGCCGCGGGUGUUAUUUCUGGAGUUUGCUGGUCUCGUCCGCCAGCAUUAUCCCGAACUGUCUGGGUUACAUGCUUCUUUUCUUUCCAACCGGGGUGACCCCCUAUGUCUGUGUCACUCUCAUCGUGACCGGCUGGUAUGCUAUGGUGACGGGCCAGUCCCUUGUUUUGUGGUCGCGUCUGCAUCUGGUCCUGCAAAACACCAAGAUUCUGUAUGGUGUGCUCUGGAUGAUCAUCGUGGACGCCGUUCUCUUUCACAUCCCCACAACGGUGCUGUUGUACGGUACGGUAGCAGCCCCCAUCGGUGCCUGGUCCCGUGGAUAUAGUGUCAUGGAGCGCAUCCAGCUACUAGGAUUCUGCAUCCAGGAACUGAUCAUCUCGGGGAUCUACGUGUGGGAGACCGUCAAGCUGCUACAGCUCCGACCUCAUGGUCGACCGCAUGGCAUCCUGCGUCAGCUGCUCCUCAUCAACAUUAUCAUCCUUAUUCUCGAUGUCUCCGUCGUCGUCAUUGAAUAUGUUGGCUACUAUGCUGUCCAGGUCAUGUUCAAGCCCGUCGCAUACAGUAUCAAACUCAAACUUGAAUACGCCAUCCUUGGAAAGCUAGUUGCCUUCGCUCGUGGAUCGUACAACUACCAUGGCGAUGAGCUGUCAUCCAGCGCUCGUGAGAUCGACUUCUUCCCUUCUUCCCAAGAAGUGCCUCCCAGUGACGGAUGCGCUUUCAAUGUUCACCGGCAGUACAGCCCACCGUGGGUUUGGGAUAAUUCCCGUCAGUCAAGCUGCACAACCUCCGGAAUAUGA